GUCUAUCUAACCGAUAUGGUUGUCUCUGGCGACAGCAACUUAGGGACUUUGGAAGUCUCCCUCUUUCACUUGCAACGCUCAACGCGUUCUCUUCUCUCUCACUUCCGCUUCCAUGCGCGUACCGUCCUUCUCUUCACCGCGGCAGAUAUGAAGACGAUCUUCGUCCCCAUAUCCGUCUUCGCCUGCGCAACAGCCCCACUUUAUUCAGUGCCUCAUUUCCUGUCUGGCAUUACUUGGAUCUGGUCUCACCAGUUCAUGUGCAACGUCUCCAACCAAGCGCGAGGCGCUGAAGAGGACGCUGUUAACAAGCCCUGGCGUCCCCUUCCAUCUGGCCGCAUCACGCAGUCGCAAGCAAUUACCUUGCGAUGGAUCUCCGCCGGCCUUUGCGUGUGGUGGUCAGCGAUAUACGGCGGAGACCUCGCUCUCACAAGCCUAGGACUUUUUUUCACAACUUUCCUGUACGAUGAGCUUGGCCUUGCUGGCCAUCCCAUCGGGAAAAACUUCUGCAACAUCGGAGGAUAUACUACGUUCGAGAUUGGGGCGACAAAGCUCAUGGGAGCGGCCCACGAUAUGGAUAAUAUAUCGACGACCGCCGUAUGCAUCAGCGGCAUCCUCAUCUUCACCACUGUUCAAGUGCAGGAUUUUGCAGAUGUGGAAGGGGAUAAGCGACUUGGCCGCGUCACCUUCCCGAUCUACGCUCCAGAGUUUUCCAGACAGUUCACACUCAUCGCCAUCACUAUGUGGUCGCUCUUCCUGAGUUACUUCUGGAAAAUAGGUCCCUAUUUCGGCGCAAUGUAUAUGGUAUUGGGCAUCAUUCUUGGCCUACAUCUCUACCUCUACAGGACAGAGGCGCAUGACCGUUCUUCUUACAUUCUAUUCAACGUCUGGCUGACAAUUGCGCAUAUCAUGCCACUACAUGCUCGGUACGGAUUGGCUUGGGCUGCAUCCUAAUGUGCCUCAUUUGAAUGUUCAGCUGUUGAAAUUAGCCAGUAAGGAGCUGCCUUUGGUUGUGCCGAUUAUAUAUGUAGAAUUUUUGGAUUGCAUUUGUACGAUUUGUCCAGUGACGUCGGAAAUAUCACAUACCAUGUAUAAGUGCCACAGUUGUCGACAAUUGAUAAAUUUUAUCAUCGCUGACACUAG